UAGUUUAACCUUCAACAAACACAAAGAAGCAAUCAGUAUCAAUCAUUCGUUCAAUUAAACGAAUCGUAAGAAACGUUCUUAAACCAAAAAAAGUUAAAAAUGAAAUCUUUAAUUUUAUUAACACUUUUUGGUGUAGUUGUUAGCAAGUUGUACACUCCACAAACAGAAGCACUAUUCAAAAACGUUAUUAUUAAAUGUGAGAAAGAAGCAAACAUCGAACGUACAUUAAUAAUUGACUUAAUGAAUAAAAAGAUUGCCGAUGAUGAUGUAUUAAAACAUUUCCUUUUCUGUUGUUAUUUACAACUGGGUUUAAUGAGACAAGAUGGUACUUUAAAUAAAGAAGCUAUGAUUAACUUUGGCGAUAACUUUAUAGGUGACGCUAAAGUAGCUUUUGCUGCUUGCAGCAAUACAAAAGGUGGGAAUGGAUUGGAAACUGCAUAUUUAUUCAGUAAAUGUUACAUGGAUGGGUUACCAAAACAAGAAUUUCCUGGGGUAGAAUUAUAAAAAAAUAUCAUAUACAUUUCUUUCUUUAUUUUAAAAUAUAAUGUA